GCCGCCGUUUGAAGAUGGCGGAGGAGGAGGUGGACGGGGACGCCCUGCCCGAGCCGUCCGGCCCGGUGGGGCCGCGCACCGUCCGCGUCGUCAAGUCGGACAGCGGCUACGGCUUCAACGUGCGGGGCCAAGUGAGCGAGGGCGGCCAGCUCCGCAGCAUCAACGGCGAGCUGUACGCGCCGCUGCAGCACGUUAGCGCCGUGCUGGCGGGAGGCGCGGCGGAGCGAGCCGGAGUCCGGAGGGGAGACCGCAUCCUGGCCGUGAACGCAGUGAAUGUGGAGGGGGCGACCCACAAGCAAGUGGUGGAUUUGAUCCGGGCGGGAGACCAGGAUUUGCUGCUCACUGUGCUGUCUGUGCCCCCUCACGAGGCCGAAAGCCUGGACCCCAGUGAUGACUCCUCGGGACAAUCCAUCUAUGACUACUCAGAGAAGCAGGCCAUCCCCAUCUCCAUCCCCAGCUACAAGCACAUCGAUCAAAACGGCGAGAAAUUUGUGGUGUACAACAUUUACAUGGCUGGGCGGCUGCUGUGCUCCAAGCGAUACCGGGAGUUUGCCGUCCUGCACCACAGCCUGAAGCGGGAGUUCUCCGACUUUGGCUUCCCUCGGCCACCGGGGAAGUGGCCUUUCUCCCUGUCCGAGCAGCAGCUGGACGCUCGGCGCCGCGGCCUGGAGCAGUACCUGGAGAAAGUGUGCUCGGUGCGCGUCAUUGGUGAGAGUGACAUUGUGCAGGAGUUUCUCUCUGAGUCGGACGAGAACCUCAACGGGGUGUCUGAUGUGGAACUGAGGAUAGCGUUUCCCGACAAGACCACAGUCACCGUGAAGGUGAAAAAGAACAGUACCACCGACCAGGUUUACCAGGCUGUUGUAUCCCAGAUUGGAAUGGACAGCAUCACAACAAACUACUUUGCAUUAUUUGAAGUGGUGAAUCACUCCUUCAUGCGCAAGCUGGCUCCGAAUGAAUUCCCUCACAAACUGUACAUCCAGAAUUAUGUAUCGGCCAUCCCUGGCACCUGCCUCACCAUCAGGAAGUGGCUGUUCACUACGGAGGAGGAGACCCUUCUCAAUGACAGUGUCCUGGCUGUUAUCUAUUUCUUCCACCAGGCGGUGGAAGAUGUGAAGCGAGGCCUCAUCAAGGCCGGGGAGAAGGCCUACCAGCUGCAGAAGCUGGCACAGCAGCGGAAAAUGGUCAUGUACCUCAACAUGGCCCGGACGUGCAGGGGCUACAGCGAGAUUGCGUUCCCUCACUGCGCGUGUGACUCCAGGCGGAGAGGUCACGUGAUCACCGCCAUCAGCAUCAAGCACUUUAAACUCCACGCCUGCACUGAGGACGGCGAGCUGGAGCAGAACCAGGUGAUUGCCUUUGAGUGGGACGACAUGCAGAGGUGGGACACGGAUGAAGAAGGAAUGGCUUUCUGCUUCGAGUAUGCCCGAGGGGAGAAGAAACCCAGAUGGGUGAAGAUCUACACGCCCUACUACAAUUACAUGCACGAGUGUUUUGAGCGGGUGUUCUGUGAGCUGAAAUGGCACAGGGAGGUUGAAGACGAGACCUCGGACAAGGACAAGAACUGCAACAGUGAGAAUAUGUGCAGCAAGAACAUAUUCCAGAUACUGCGAUCACAGAUGAGAUCAGCCAGCUCUUAGCCCCCUGAAGGGACUCGUCCCUAACCUCUCGCUAACGUUCUCCCUCGGGGGUCGGAAACCAUUGUCCAAGCAGAAGAGGUGGAGGACCAGGAAGCUGAACUGCUUCUCUUUUAUAUACAAAGAGAGAGAGAGAGAGAGAGCGCCCGAGUCACUCUUUGACCCCACCCCCCGCCCCCCCCGAGCAUCUCUGGAUCGACGCCUGCCCUAUCCAUCUCGACCUCUCACCCUCGCCCCAGAUCGCCCACUUCACCUUCUGCCCAUCCAUUGCCUCCCACCCUUGGGAUUGGGGGGAUGGGGGGUGGGGGAGUGCCAAAUGGGAACAGGAUAAUGGGGAGGAGGUCUGCCUUAGAGCGAGGUUUCGCCUCCCCCUCCUCCCACGGUGACACCAUGCUGAGAGAUCCAUUUCUACCUGUCUGUCUGGGCGCAGGUUCUUGGUGUGUCGAGGGCAGUGCUGGGCGUCAGUGUUUGAUGUUGAUUGGUUACACACAGUGUUCACUUUAUAUAUGGACUCUCAUACUGCCCAAUGUGAUGCCCAGUGUUCCUCCCUCCUCCCUUCCCGCUCUCUCUCUCUCUCUUUGCACACGUCCUUUUUACUCUUACCCCCCCUCUACUCCCCAACUCCCAUCUUUCUCUCUCUCUCCCCUGUAUCUUUCUCUCUC